AUGAGGAGUGUGUGGUGUUUGGUGGUCCUGACGCUGCUGGUGACGGUGGCCCAUGGACAAGACGACCGCCUGCCGGGGGAGAGCCGACCCAGUUCCCAGAUGGUCGACAUCACGGUGUACCGGGAGAACGAGGGGGAGCGCAGCUUCACCUUCGAGGGCCAGACGAGCGUGACAGUGGAGGUGGUGCGUGACACGGCGCAGCUGGUGCUGCACGCCGCAGUCAACGUCUCCUCCCUCGCAGUUCGGUACCAAGUGGGCGAUGUCAUCGGUUCCAGCUACGAGCAGCCUCAAGACGGCAGUGACUUCUUGGUAGUGUCACUCCAAGAGCAGGUGGCAGAGGGCAGCCUUUUGGUGCUCGACAUCGGUUUCAGUGCCAACCUCGGCAACAGGGAGCCUGGCUUCUCUCGCUAUGACUAUCAAGGGCGGGACGGGCAAGAGGCCGUAUAUGCGACGCAGUUCAUGCCGAACUACGCGCGGCGAGCACUGCCGUGCUACGACGAACCAGCGCUGAAGGCGCGCUACCAGCUCAACAUGCGGACCAAACCCCACCUCGUCGACGCUGAGGGUUUCCGCGGCUACUACUUCCAACAGACGCCGCCGAUCAGCGCCUACCAGCUGUCCUGGGUGCUGCACGAAAUGGUUGGUAGGGUGUCGUCUGAGGACACCAGUACUGUCGUCUGGCAAGUGACCUCCAGAAGCGACCAGUUCGGAUACGCGAGCCACAUGGGACCGCGCUCUGUUGCAGCUAUGGAGCAGCUGGUGGGCGUGCCCUACGCAAAUUACGAUAUCGACAAGAUGGACCAUAUUGCCGUACCUGGAUAUAUAGAGGAAGGAGUGAGCUGCUUGGGUAUCAUCACAUACAAGGAGAGCAGUGUGCUGGUGGACGACGACUACACAUCGGAGGCGACCAAGGAGAGAGUGCUGGGCAUCAUGCAACACGAGGCGGCCCACCAGUGGUUCGGAGGCCUGGUCAGCCCCAGCUGGUGGAACGACCUCUGGCUGACCGAGGGCUUCGCCUCCUACUUCCAGUGGAUCGCCGCGGCUCUGGUGCAGCCCUCGUGGCAGCUGCGAGAGGUGUUCGUGGUCAACACUGUGCUGCAGGCCGCCAUGCCAGCAGACGUCGCCCCCGGUAGCUACCCGCUCUCCAAGAGCCCCAACAUCUCUGCUCAGCAGGCCUUCGACGAGUACUUCGAGGAGAAAGGCUACUACCGGGCGAACUACGACGAGCAGAACUGGGCGCUGCUGACAGCGCAGCUGCUGCGGGACCCCCUGGUGGUGCCAGCUGUGGCGCGCGCGCAGCUGCUGGACGACGCGGCCAGCCUGGCAGGUGCGGCGCAGCUGCUGCCUGCAGGCACAGCCCUGCAGCUCGCCUCCUACCUGCGCUUCGAGUACGGCUACAUCCCAUGGAGGGCCGUCCCUGGCGUCUUGCGGAAUCUCGAGCUUCUGGUCGACGAAGACGUGACGGAGGACUUCAAGGAGUUUGCGCUGUCCCUGAUCCAUCACAUGGCGAUCCUGCUGCGCUACCACGAGCAACCUGGAGAGGACCACACAACUCGCAUUCUGCGGGCCGUCAUUGUCAGCAUCGCCUGCAACUAUGGUGAACCGUCGUGUCUCAACUCCAUGUACGAGCAGUUGCAACACUUCAUGGCUGCACCUGGCAACGCCAGCAACCAAGUGGGACCAGACUUGAAACGCGUCGUCUACUGCUACGGUGCACAGCAAGGUGGGGAUGAUGCUUACAAUUUCCUCAUGGAUCUGUACCAGACUACCGACAUCGUCUCUGAGCUUAACGACAUCGUGCUCGGCGCCUCCUGCUCACAAUUAGUCGACGGACUACGGCUGCUGGAGUUGACCGCCACUGGAGCCAAGGGCGGCUUCCGGAGAGAGCACCUCCAGUGGCUGCUGGAGGGGCUUCUGCAGCGCCGACACACCCUUCCAUCCGCUCUCCAGUUCCUCAGCCGUGGCGCAAAUCUCCUCUCCAGGCCAGGUGAGAAGCAGGCGGCCAGGAAGUUGCUGAGGCAGGCCAUACUGGAGAUGCGCGACGACCAACUGCUGGAGAAGGUGCAGCAGGCAGCCGUCGCCCUGGAGGACGAGUCGCUGAUCGCAGCCGCACAGUGGCGCCAUGACGUCAUCGCCAGUGGAGCAGCUGCACGCCGCGAUGCAGCUUGCUGGCUCAAAGGAAAAGCAUGGCGCCUCUGA